AUGCGCCGCAGUCGGACGGCGUAUUCUGAGGAUCCGUCCCAAACCGGACCACAUCAGGACCAAUGUGGGCCUCAAAACAAGCCAGAAAACCCCGACAUGACCCUUGUCUGGAAACGACUCCCUCCUGAGAUUGCGAGCAUUAUCAUCGUGGACGUGGCUCUCACACCUCUAAGCAUAAACGCCCAUACGUACUAUCGCCAUGAUGGUACCAACUGGCAACCCCCUACUCGUAUCGAACAUAUCAGAGCACUGGAGCCGCAGAAAUGGCAGCGUGUACGCAACACUCUCGCAGUGUCUACUGGCAUCCGCCGGGAUGUUAUUCGUGCUUUGAAUGCCCGCGGCACGAUCGAGAACUGGGACAUUGCGCAUGCUCAUCACUCUUACCCAAGAAGCACACGCUCUGCGUUCUCGGGGGAGGCAUCGCCUGUCUGGUCAGGAGAUGAGGUUCCUCCUCCAAGCACUCAGCCGUCAUGGUGGCUCUUACGCCACUUCAGAUGGCUCAGUACUACGGUUUGGGACAUGGUCCUCUACAGACGCCGUGUUCCGAUCCGUCUUAUCGUCAGGUUCCCGAAUCCAGGAGUGAUUCGACGAGUGGAACAUGUCGUGGUUCCAACCGACGGCUUGCCAAUCGAUCGUAGCGACGCCGAAAUCGAAGCUUUCAUCUCUAGCAUCUGCGACCGUGCGAAGUUGGAAUGCUACCUGUUCCGCACUGUUGGUGGAUGGAGCAUGCGGCCUGGCAUUGGCGACAUCUUGGACGUCCGGAAAUUGCUCAUCUACGAAGCGAAUGGAGGAAUGUGCGGUUCCACACACGUCGUCUGGCAGAGGUCGACAGGAAUCAUCGAGCAACGCCUCCAUCUCUUCUCGACAUUUGCAACAUCUUCGUUGCGACUCAGAAAUACGCAGGAGCACACGAGUCCGCUGGUUGACACGAUGGAGACUGCAAAGCGAAGCGUCGCGCAUGAGGCACUGCCCGCGAAGGUCUCAACCCCACUGGAUGCGCCAAUGACAGAGAUUUGGUUCGACUUGUCGGCAGAGAUCAAGGAUAUGAUCAUCACCGAAUCUGCGCUUGCUGUACUACCAUUGAAAGCGCUUCUGAACCACUGGUUCUAUGGAGGUCCCCCCUUACACGCUAUCCAGCCGGGGAACUGGGACACCUUCAAGAACGCUCUUUUCAUCUCCAAAGAAACUCGCAAGACGGCGCUACGCGCGAUCCACGCGCGACCCAGGUCACUCGAAAUCGUCGAUCGGCAUGGAUACGUUCCUGCGGGCUUUGUGACCCACCUCUCACCCUCGGAUGCUGUGCUCGCUCACUUCGAUCUGCUGCACCGCUCGAUGGAGUUUACUGGCAUCCACCACUGUCCCACCGAGGAAUGUUCGACAAUCGACCAGGACUUUCGUCCUGCGCGUAUCAAGGUGUACGUGCCGUUUCCCAGAAGAGCAGAAGCUAAGGCCAUCACACGCAUCGAGAUCACGUCCGAGAUCAAUCCGAUUCCUACCAUGGACGACAGCGAGGUCAAAAAGAAGAUCAAAGAAUGGCUCGACAUGGCUUCACACGCGCAGUGGCCUUUCCGAGGCCAGUCUUCGCGUCGCAGGCCGCUGCCAAUGCCGGAUAGCGCAGACGACAUGCGAGCUUUGCUACGGUGGAACAGGGAGUAA